CGGGGGGCGCCCCCGCCGGUGUCAGUAUCUGGGGAGAUGCAAGGAGCUGCCGAGCUGUGCCGCCCGGAUCGACUCAUGACCACCCCGCCCGAAUGGCCCUUAUUGACGGAGAGAUCCAACCCGCUCACCGCUAUUGAUUCUAAGUGGGGAUGCGCCACCAGGGACAGGGAGGGAGUCGUGUUUGAACUGGCCCGACGGUUCGGGGAGCUGGGACUCGGUGCAGUACCCAAGAUACUGUUCAGAGCAGGGGAGCUCCCGCAGUGUUCGUGUCAGGGUGCACACGGGCCGGUGGGUGGGGGAGUAGAGCCCGGGGAUGACCCAACAGAAACCAGCGACGCUUUGUUGGUACUGGAGGGGCUGGGGAGCGGGGAUGUAGCCGGCCUGGGCAUGGACGAGUGCCCGGACGAUGAGACGGAAGAUGAGAACGGACGCCGCGAGUUUUUGCUAAACAGGAAAAGAGAAAUAGUUCAGAAAAUGUCCGGGGCUUUCUCCAUCAGCAGCUUCCAAGCGCAGCUGAGGAGGCAGAUGGAGGGGGUCGCACCGCCGGCCACGGAAGCAUCAGCAGCCGCUCACUUUGGCGCACAGGUCUGCAGCCUCCACGGGAACUUAUCCAGCCGGCACUCACAGGUAAACUCUGGGGAUUCGGGGGUUGUCUCAGCCAUGUUACCACCAGCCACACCGGUACAGAGCUCACCCUGGGCCACAAGCCCAAACUUGAGCCAGGCGUCGACACCCACGAGACGACCAGAGCGGUGCGCCAGCGCGCCGAGGACUCCCACAGGCCGGGCGCCGGGCGGGCAAAGGACGCUCAAAGUUCCAGCAAAGUCCAAAAAAGGCUCGUUAAAGAUCCGUCUGAGUAAACUGUUUCGGACUAAAAGCUGCAGCGGCUCAAAUCACCUGCUGGACAAGAGGCCCUCAGUGACCUACUCUGUGUCUUCUGCUGGGAGUCUGGUGGACAUGGCGAGCGCUGCUGGUGCCGAGCACGACGCAGACAGCCACAGCCAGCCCAGGCUGACCAGGGUCCACAGUGCCUUCUCCCCUGCCUCCCUCUCUGCUUUCACGGGUGAGACAGUUUCUCUGGUGGAUGUGGAUAUUUCCCGGCGAGGGGCGAACACGCCACACCCUCCCACGCCUCCUCCUCCUCCGCGCCGAAGUCUCAGUCUAUUAGAUGACAUAGCCGGGCCUCAGCCUGGGCCUUUCCUAGUGAGUGUUAUGGGCGCCUCCCUACAGUCCCUGCCCCUGCCUCUCCCUCCUCCUCCUCCUCCCUCCCACCUCAGCAUCCAGCACAGUCUCAGCCUCAAUGACGCCUUCCUUCGGACCCUUCCUCAUUCAAACCCUUCGCCUCCUGAUGCUCCACCCCUCACCAGACAGCCUCCGCCCCCCAUGCUGUGCGCCCUGCGGCGUUCGGAGGCCAGCAACUUCGCCGCCAGUCUGCGAGAGCUGGAGAAGUGCGGCUGGUACUGGGGUCCGAUGAACUGGGAGGAUGCAGAGAUGAAGCUGAAGGGGAAACCAGAUGGGUCCUUCCUGGUCCGGGACAGUUCAGAUCCCCGAUACAUCCUGAGCCUCAGCUUCAGGUCACAGGGUGUCACGCACCACACACGCAUGGAGCACUACCGAGGGACAUUCAGCUUGUGGUGUCACCCGAAAUUUGAGGACCGCUGUCACUCAGUGGUGGAGUUCAUCGAGCGCGCCAUCAUGCACUCCAAGAACGGCAAAUUCCUCUACUUCCUUCGCUCCAGAGUCCCAGGGCUUCCUCCCACUCCGGUUCAGCUGCUGUAUCCUGUGUCUCGCUUCAGCAACGUGAAGUCACUACAACACCUGUGUCGCUUCUGCAUUCGACAGAUUGUCCGUAUUGACCACAUCCAGGAGCUUCCACUGCCCAGACCGCUGAUCUCCUACCUGAGUAAGUUUUAUUACUACGACCCUGAGGAGGAGAUGUACCUGUCAAUAAAGAGCAUUCGGAAGGUGGUGGGAGCAGAGCGGGAGGCGGAGUCACAGACGUAACAGCAGGGAUCUUCUCAGCUCGAGACUGAACAGUACUGGUCUGCCAGUCGUCCACUGUCAGCCAGUCAGUCCCUGAAGACUGGACUGGGAUGGACCUGACUCUCUGUUGAUUUGGACAAAUGAAAGGAGAGAUGAGAGUUUGCAGCUGGACGGUGAGGGCUCAGCCUCGUCCUCAGAAGGACUGCAGAGAUGUUCUCACCUGCAAAGAUGUCGUUGGACUCAAAAAGAUUAUUUUGAACUCCUGAAACAGCUGAACUAGACUUUUAAAACACAAUGCACUGGUCAGUUUGUACAACUGUUGUUUGCUGCCAUUUCUUAAUUUUUCCUUCCCUUUCUGUCAAAAUGAGGGAUUCUGGAUGUAAAGCUGCCCUCAGGAUUGAUAUACACACAAAGGCCCAUCACUGAGCAGGAGGACAGUGGAGGUGGUUCAGAGAGACACGCCAUCUUGUUGAAGGUUGGAUAAAAUCACAAAACAAGGGACAUGUCUUGUCUGGAUUUUCUGUCUGAGAAAACCAAGUUUUCAUUAUUAGCUACAAUGCUAAUGCUAACUGAACUAAAACUGGAUUAAAAAUCUAAAUCAAUUGUAAUUCUAUUUUACCAGAAGUACUCUAACUUACCCAGACAGAUCUGAUGAACUCUUUAAUACUUUUCAUCCUCUGAAUAUUUCAGAUGUCCUAAUUUGAGAAUGCUGAAAGUAAUAUUUUUUGGUGUCUCCUCUCAUCAGUUAAUGAUUUCCUACAUUUCCCAUGAUACCUAGAGGUUACGAACUUGUUGCUUUUGUUCACUGAGCCAGGCUGUGAUUAUAGUGAGCUCAUGAUGAGGUGUCCCUGCUGUCAUCUGCACAGCGCGUCUCACUGAGACCACUGUUUGGUGCCUGUUGCUCUAAUACAAUAGAUCAGACAGAAAAUCACACCAGAGGAAUUAUACGUCCUCAUAAAUGCCAUUUACAAAACAAUCAGCUGAUUAAUAGUGGACUUUUCUCUUGCAGUCAAAUUCUCACUGGACCUGAAGGCAAACAAACUAGAGUUUUGCAUCUGAACAUAAAAUUAUUGCAUCGACAUUUGUCUCAAUUUGAUGCUACUGCACUGGGGUUUAUGAAUCCGAUAUGCCUUGUUUGCCCUGCAUUGGCCUCCUCGCCGUGUGUGUAUCUGCCUCGACUGAUCUCUACCUGCCACUCUUAUUUGAUGAAGUGUAUUUUGCUCAUUCUGAACUCAGUUCCCUGUAGCUGGCUCCUGGCUCAGCUUUUUCAGUAAAAAAAAGAUGAGAAA